AUGGCAGAGGCCCAUCUAAAGCAGGAGCUAUCGAUUCUGCUGGGCUGGGACCCCAUGAUCAUCGACUCAGUGGUGCAGAACAUUUUGCAGGCGCAAUCCUUGAACGAUGUAAUGGAUAUCGUUGAGAAUUUCAUGGGGGGCAACAAGGCCGCCGUUGCAGCGAUCAACAAGUUCAUGGCCGCGCGCAACGGCGGCGGCGGCGGCGGCAGCGGGGCCAGCGGCGGCGGCGGGGCCGGCGGUGCGCGUGAUGGUGGGGCCAGCGGUGCAGUGAGGAGUGGCGGCGGCGGCGGAGGAGGAGGCAACCGCGGCGCGACCCCCGGCUACACGCCGCAGAUUGCUGCGCCGCCCUCGAAGCAGCAGCGCAGCUUCCAAAAUGUGCAGCCGCCGCAGCAGCAGCAGCAGCAGCAGCAGCAGCAGCAGCAGCAGGGACAGCAGCAGCAGCUUGUGGGGCCGCCGUCCCCUGCCGGCGCGGCCAAAGGCGCCGACCGGUGGUUGAGACUCGGGCGCGACAGCAGCGCCGCGGCGGCGGCGUCGGCGGCGGCGCAGCGGGACGAGUCCGGCGGCGGCGGCGGCGGCGUCGACGCGGCGGCGGCAGCGGCGUCAAUGGCGGCGGCGCAGGCGACGCUUGCGAUGUUUAGGACUGGCGGAAGGAUCAAGCCAAAGUCGGGCGCCCGCGGCGCCGCCGCGGCCGCCGCGGCCGACCCCGCGGCAGCGCUCGAGCGGGCGGUAGUGAACUGCCUGGGGUGCGGGAAGAUCUACGACUGCCGGGCCCUCGGGAAUGAUGUCAUCGCGUUCCUUAGUGAGCGGCCGGCCUAG